AUGAGUAGCCAAGUUACCGAAAAGCAUAAUGCAUCUCUUCAAUCGACGAAAUCUGUUCAACCUCGUCAAGGCUCAAUAUCACAUCAAACAUCAACAGGAAAUAGUCAAUACUUAAUAACAACCUCAACAUCAAGUGGAACAAGUACCGAUCAUCCUCAAACAUCUGGUCAACCUGGAAGAGUCAUCAUUGCUACUUCUCAAGCGACAAAUUCAAAAUCUUUACAACCAUCAACGUCAAAUGUGUGUACAAAUGGAAAUGGAUUUCAGAACGGAGCACCUGUUCAAUUUCAAUUUAAUACAAAUGAUGGUACAUUAUACACUGGAACAAAUUUAUUUUUUAAUCCUCAACAAAAUACAAACUCCGGUGAUGGAUAUAGCCAUCAUAUUUUAUCAUGUGAAAGUGGAAAUGGUGCCUUUAGUUUUCUCCAAGAUGGAAAUUCAGCCCAAACAUUAGCUCACACAACAAGGGCAUCGCCUAGUACGGUUCAAUGGUUAGUGGAUAAUUUCGAACCAUCUGAAGGAUGUUCACUGCGAAGAUCAGUAUUAUACUCAUUUUAUUCACAACACUGUCACGAACUAAAAUUAGAACAAGUUAAUCCAGCAUCGUUCGGAAAAUUAAUUCGAUCCGUAUUUUUAGGAUUAAGAACACGAAGAUUAGGAACAAGGGGAAAUUCCAAAUAUCAUUAUUAUGGUAUUCGUUUAAAAGCUUCAUCCAGUCUUAAUCAAUAUACGGAUAAAAAUGGUGGAUUAACAUUCAAAGGACAGUAUUACUUUGGAUCAACAAAUACAAAAAAACAUAGUUCAGCAUCUCAACCGAAUGCAAACGCUGAUAACUCUCCAGCAUCGUCACCUACUCAUUUUGGUGAAUUACAAGAUCAAUCAUAUUCAUCUGAAUCAGACACAAAAUUAAAUAUACAACAAUCACAGUCUACAUCCGAUACAAAUUCUCUCGUAUUAUAUGAAAGCAUUCAAAUUGAUUCAUCAUUAGUAUUACCUGAAUGUUUAACGCUAGCCAAUUUACGGCGAUUUGAAGAUUCAUAUAAAGAACAUUGUGCAAAAUUAUUUGACGUUAUUACAAAUUUUCAAUUUACAUCUAUUGAACAAAUAUGGACAAAUUUUUGGAAAUCAGGGCAGAGUGAACAAGGUGGUGAUCAGGUGUUAACAGCGUAUCAACUUUUAAGUGUAUGUUCAUUGUCACAAGUUCAAGAUUUUAUUCGUCAAUGUGAUUAUAUACUUUAUCAACAAUUAAUUGAACGCCUUAUACCCGACAUACUUAGUCCAAUGCCCGGACCAAUAACUCAGUCGAUUCGCACAUUUGCUAAAUCAUUAGAUUCAACACUGAAAUCAGUUAUCUCUCAUAUGCCUGAAACAUUAAAAACGAUAAAAUUAACAAUUGUCAGUUCAUUCUCGAUGACUCUUCGUCGUUAUACAUCAUUGAAUCAUUUGGCUCAAGCAGCCAAAGCCGUACUACAAAAUUCGCAACAAGUCCAACAAAUGUUACAAGAUUUAAAUAAAGUCGAUUUUAAACAUAUACAGGAACAAGCAUCAUGGGUUUGUGAAUGUGAUGAUUUGAUUGUAUCACGUGUUGAAAAUGAUUUUAAACAACAGCUACAAUCCCAAGCAACUUUAGAACAAUGGGCACAAUGGCUAGAUGGAGUUGUUACCGAUAUUCUUAAACCUUAUCAAACCCAAUCACAUUUAACAUACGCUAAAAUGGCUAAACAAUUCUUACUUAACUGGUCUUUCUAUUGUUCGAUGGUCAUUCGUGAUUUGACAUUACGUAGUGCAGCAUCAUUUGGAUCAUUUCAUUUAAUUCGUUUACUUUAUGAUGAGUACAUGUUUUAUUUAAUUGAACAUAAAAUCGCCGUUUAUUCGCAAAAAGCACCGAUCGCUAUAAUGACCGAAACAAAUUUGGCUUUGAAAUUAAGUGUAUAUGAUAGUGUCAUUCAACCAUCUUCGUCACAAACAAUACUAAACGAUUCGGCAGUAAAUGGAGCAGGAACAGUUCUUGAGCGACGAAAUUUCAUUUCGAAAGUGGCUUUAGUCAUUAAAAAGUCAUCAACAACACUCGAUGGACAACAAAAUGGAAAUAAUGAUCAACAUCAGGCCAAAAUUGUUCAGAUAACAACUGAAAAUUUACAGUUACCAUUAUUUAAUAAAGUCUUUAAAAAACCUUCAUCCAUUAGCUUAGUAUCAAAAUCAGUCGAUGAUCAAUCAUCUUCCAUGUUGUCUUUGUCUCGUUCAAUUCUUCAUGAGAACGAUAAUGAAUCGUUGUUUGGUGAUUCUCAAGAACAACUACAAACGAAAAAGUUAAAAACCUAG